AUGUAUCAAGUAAAUCGAUUCAUUUAUUUUAAGGGCUAUUUGAAUUUAUCAACUUUGACCCAAACUGUACGAGGAAUUAUGGGCAAUAAUAAAACUACCGUAUUGUUUACAAGAGAUGAAAGAUUGAUUGAUUAAAUUGGGACUGUUGAAAUUAGAGAAAGCAUCAUUGGAUCAGAGACUCUCUUAAUCAAUGAAAACUAAAAAUUGAAAUAUAAUAGUAUCAAAAAUAAGGAGGUCAGACUGCAAUAAUAGGGAUUGUAUAAAGAAUUAGAUAGACCAACUACCACAUAAGUUUACUGA